AUGGGUGUCAAGACAGCUGGAGAAGCAGCUGCUCGAAUUGCCUAUUUAUCAAGUGAUUUAGUGAUAUCAGUGCAGCCAUCACUCAGAGAGGACUCUAUAUUCUCUCAUCAACUGAGCCAAUUAUCUGCCGAUAAAGUGCGAGGAAUAGUUGCUUCUGGACUGCCCGAGAUUCGCGCAAUCAGACGCAACGAGGACCCUCUCCUCUCCGCAGUCCCCGCCCUUCAAACCGGAAAAUAUGUAUCCGUUACGACUUCGUCUUCCAUUCUUCUCUCAUCGAUUCCGCAUCUCUAUAGACUUGUACAAUACCCGAUAGUGCUCCACGUCGUCUUGGAGCCCGCUCUACUUCCUGAUUUCUCAGUCAUCAGCUCAAUACGUCAGUGUGGCUUUUCGUUCCUCCAUUCGGAAACCCUCCAAGAGGCGCAAGAUAUUGCUUUAACAGCCCAUGCCUUGGCGAUAAAGUCUGGCAAAGGAGUUAUUCACUUUUUCGGCCCCAGUAAUUUGGGCGGCGAUCAUACUAUUGCAGAGGAAGACCCGGACCUUGUCAGGGAUAUACUCGACGUAAACGGUACAAAAGCCAUUCAUGAGUCGACUACACCGCAAACCCUCUAUGUAAAGUCGGGCCGUGUUGCGACCGUUGAGGAACACGGCCUAGGUUCUGUACAAAGCCAAGCCUUGCCAUCCGCCCCUGAGCUUCCAGUUGUGUCAAAAGGUGUUCCCAGCACAGAGGUUUCUUCAAUUGCGUCGUCACGCAGAGGCAGCGGGUCCGGCGCCUCCGAGCCUAGCUCCGCCGCCACAACGGUUGAAGCCCCGAUGCGUAGACCCGUGGACGCUUUUGACAUUUUUCAAAUCACAACCCACAUUUGGGAUACUCUGGUGGCACGAACGGGAAGAGCCUAUCAUGCUAUCGAGUACAUCGGCUCUGAAACCGCAAAAAUCGCUCUUUUUAUCUUUGGGUCUACCAGUAUUUUUAUUGAUGCUAUAAGGAACGGUAAUGGAAACGAGGAUUACGAAAAUUUUGGAAUCAUAAAGGCUCGUUUGUAUCGCCCUUGGAUUGGUAGUCAAAUAUCACGCGCAAUUCCAAGGUCUGUCGAGCGGAUCGCUGUGUUAGAACAAGUGCGCAAAACAACGAAAUGGGGACCGUCAUUUCUGGACCUUUUGUCCAGUUUGCCCGCUCAAGGUGCUUCUGGACAAGGUUCUCUUCUUGUCGGCUAUAAGCUGGGGUAUGUGGAGCCGUCUACCGUGGGCCAGGCGCUUCGUGGGAUUUUCCAAAACUUAACUGCCUCUUCCCCAAUCCAAAACCUGGGGAUUGGUGUUGACAAAGAUCUAUCAGAGCUUGGAACAAAUCUACACCUGGAGCAACCGGCAAAUGAGAAUGCAUACACUAAAAUUUUGAACCAGCUUUUUGAUGGUCGCCUCCACGUCGCAAACCAACUUGGCUCGCAAAAUGCGGGUGUUUCGGCAGCACUUGCUUCCAAUCCAGAAUAUGGCUUUGGUUCGUUAAUUGCUAGGAUGGAUCGAAGACAAAAUUUCAUCUCAGAGGUUCAACGAGCCGCCAAGUCGAACGAAUUUACCACAGAUGUCCCAAAACAGUGGCUGUCCAAAUGGGUGCUGAGCGCUGCGGACCAUACUAGAACUAAUAAGCUUGCCCCUGACGUAAUUGCGCAGCUUUUAAUAGACGGUUCCAACCUUUCAAUGGAACUUCUUGCGUCGAAACAUUCCUUUUUCGUGGAAUCACAGUGGCUGAUUGGCUCUGACGCCUGGGCAUAUGAUCUCGGCAAUUCAGGAGUUCAUCAUGUUCUUGCCUCUGGUGCGAAUAUAAACAUGCUUGUUAUUGAUUCUCAGCCAUAUUCCGAGGGUGCUGCGGCCGAUGCUCUCCGGAGAAAGAAAGACAUUGGGCUGUACGCUAUGAAUUAUGGCAAUGCAUAUGUUGCCUCUGUUGCUGUUUAUAGUUCGUAUACGCAGGUUUUGCAGGCAAUUACUGAGGCAGACCAGUUCGACGGACCUUCGGUUGUUGUUGCUUAUCUUCCAUAUAACAAGGAAGAUGAUUCUCCCUUAACUAUUCUACAGGAAACUAAGAAAGCUGUUGACUUGGGUUAUUGGCCAUUAUAUAGGUGGAACCCAAAUAAUGCCGAGAAGGGUGUGCCUAAUUUCUCAUUGGAUUCUGAACGCAUCAAACGAGAGCUGGAAGCAUUCUUACGCAGAGAUAACCAGCUCACCCAGAUAAUGAAUCGUCACCCUAAAUUCUCAGCUGCUCUCUCUGAGUCAUAUGGCUCUGAGGUUCGCACUCUACAAAAGCGUGCAGCGAAAGAUGCUUAUGACAAACUUCUAGAAGGAUUGUCUGGGGCUCCUCUUACCAUUCUCUUUGCUUCAGACAAUGGCAACGCUGAAAGCUUGGCUAAGAGGCUGGGCAACCGGGGCAAAGCUCGAGGUUUGAAGACUGCUGUUUUGGCUAUGGAUGAUUAUCCGGCCGAAGAUUUACCCACGGAAGAAAAUAUUGUUUUUAUUUCGAGUACUGCUGGGCAGGGAGAAUUCCCCCAAAACGGCCGCAACUUCUGGGAAACUAUCAAGAAUUCUGCUGAUCUCGAUCUGUCUUCAAUUCAUUAUUCAGUCUUCGCUCUCGGUGAUAGUCACUACUGGCCACGAAAAGAAGAUAAAAUUUACUAUAAUAAACCAGGAAAAGAUCUGGAUAAUCGUAUCUCUUUCCUUGGUGGAAAGAAAUUGGUAGAUAUCGGACUAGGUGAUGACCAGGAUCCUGAUAGUUAUCAAACAGGAUAUCAAAAAUGGGAGCCCAGUCUCUGGCGGGCGCUCGGGGUUGACAAAGUUGAAGGGCUGCCUGAGGAGCCAGCGCCUAUUACGAACGAGGAUAUCAAGAUACAAUCAAAUUUCUUGCGCGGAACAAUUGAAGAGGGUCUCCGAGAUACCUCCACGGGUGCGAUUUCCGCGUCUGAUCAACAGCUGACAAAAUUUCAUGGUACCUACAUGCAAGAUGAUCGUGACAUCCGGGACGAAAGGAAAGCCCAGGGAUUGGAACCAGCAUACAGUUUCAUGAUUCGUUGUCGUUUGCCGGGAGGAGUGGCUACGCCUUCACAGUGGUUACAAAUGGACGCUAUCAGCAGCGCAUACGGUAAUGAGACGAUGAAGCUCACAACUCGACAGACGUUCCAGUUUCACGGCGUUGUUAAAGGAAGGCUUCGACCCGCCAUGCAAGCUAUCAACAAGGCUUUGAUGACUACCAUUGCUGCAUGUGGUGACGUUAACCGCAAUGUUAUGUGUAGUAGUCUUCCAGAAAUGUCUACAUAUCAUCAUGAAGUACAUGAAGUCUCAAAAAAGAUCAGCGAUCACCUUCUUCCGUCUACGACCGCGUACCAUGAAAUUUGGUUGAAAGAUGAGAACGACAAAAAAAUCCAAGUUGCUGGUGACGCAAUUGUUGAUCACGAGCCAUUGUAUGGCCCAACAUACCUCCCUCGUAAAUUCAAAAUUACAAUCGCAAUUCCUCCUCACAAUGAUACAGAUGUUUAUGCUCACGAUAUUGGUCUCAUUGCUAUCAAGGGGGAUAGUGGGCAUCUUGAAGGAUUUAAUGUUUUGGCUGGUGGAGGUAUGGGAAUGACGCACAAUAACAAGAAAACAUAUCCUAGAACUGGAAGUAUGCUGGGCUACGUUCCUGCCCGUGAAGCUCACAUAAUUUGUGAAAAGAUCAUGUUGGUACAACGGGAUCAUGGUGAUCGAAAGAACCGCAAGCAUGCUCGCUUGAAGUAUACUAUGGAUGAUAUGGGAGUUGAUGUUUUCAAGGCCAAGGUUGAGGAGCUUCUUCCCCCUGGUCUUCGCUUCGAGAGACCACGCCCAUUCAAAUUCGAUUCCAAUGUCGAUACAUUUGGUUGGCAAAAAGAUGACAGGGAUUUCAACCACUUUACGUUUUUUAUUGAAAAUGGCCGUAUUGAAGACACCGCUGAUUUUCAGAUGAGGACCGGAUUGCGCGAACUUGCUGGCCUCGGCAAAGGCGAAUUUCGUCUCACUGGAAACCAGCACCUGAUCUUAUCAAAUGUCGAGGACGCGGAUCUUCAGGCUGUCAAAAAACUCAUGGCUCAGUAUAAGCUGGAUAACACUGCGUUCUCUGGACUCCGUCUCUCUUCCUCGGCUUGUGUGGCAUUCCCAACCUGUGGCCUUGCAAUGGCCGAGUCCGAGCGAUACCUCCCAAUUCUUAUCACAAAGCUUGAGUCAAGCUUAGAAGAAAAUGGUAUUGCGCGAGACAGUAUAGUCAUGCGUAUGACUGGGUGCCCUAAUGGUUGUGCGCGCCCUUGGCUUGCCGAAGUUGCUUUCGUUGGCAAAGCGUACGGUGCUUACAACAUGUAUCUGGGUGGCGGAUAUCACGGGCAGCGAUUGAAUAAAUUGUAUCGCGCCUCUAUCAAGGAGGAAGAGAUUCUGGUGAUAAUGAAAAAUUUGUUCAAGCGAUACGCGCUUGAGAGGUAUACGGAUGGACUACUUCCUGAGCGAUUCGGGGACUGGUGUAUUCGGGCAGGAAUAAUCAACGAAACAACCGAAGGGAAAACAUUCCACGAAAACGUUGCGGAAGAUGAAGCUGAAGAAUGA